ACAAGACCAGCUAGGAACCCUGGCUCUUUAAAGAAAAAGUUGUUUAGGGAGUGAAUUAAAAUAAAACAUCUCUCUUUUUUUUUUAGCUGAUUUUAAUAUUGUUUUGUCAUCAUUUAAGUCAUACUGAAGUUAGUUUGUGAGUAUUAUGAGGCCCCCUAGUGGGCCCUGGACCCCUGGUUGUGAACCUCUGCUUUACAGCACUUAGUUGCUGUUGAUAAAAAGAUUAAAUAUCCACAUUUAUGAGAUACAUAACAGCAUCAUGACCCUCUUAUCAAAGACAUUAAACAGAGAAAAUGAAAGUACUGAAAUACAACUGGCACAUGUUAGUCUUCUAAUCCUUCUUUUUUACUUCAUCUUUUUAAAGAGCAUGAGUUUUGAAAUGUUCAGAAUUUAAAUUGUAAUGCGGAAAUCCAUACAAAUGUGCAAGCAUGCAUUUCAUUGGCCUCAUAUCACUGUAAUUGCAAGUCAUUGAAAGCGAUCUUAUCUCUGAUUGGCUACAGUUCUGACCGGAUGAUUUAAGGGUCCGGUGACUGAGGCAGCCAUGCGUGAGCGUUUUUGUGCCGUAAGGGUCAGGUGCUGAUGACAGGGGGGAUUAUAUGGCAUUAGACAUGCAGCACAGCGUACAGUGCUACAGCGAUCAGUCCCGGCUGAGGGUGAGGAUCUCCUCUUUGAUCCUCUCCACUGAACACCUGCCAUUUGUUAGCAGCCCGGCUCUUGAUUAAGAGUGAUGUGUUUCGGGUCUACGGCUGUUUCAACCAUCAGGGUAGCAAUCUAGUCUGCGGCUGUGUGUAGACUCAGGCCCCCACCUGCCUCCUCCAGGCCUUUGGGACCUUCUCUUAAAAUUGCUCUUUGUGUGAAUCAUUACAAAUGAAAUGCCAUGAGAAACAGUGGGAGAGAUGAAGUGAAAGAGAGGGAGAGAGAGAGACAAAGAUAGGAAUAAAAUGGUAGAGACUUUGGAGAGGAAUAGUGGGCUGGAAAGGUGUAAUGGAGAAGCAGCUGCUGCCAUGUUCAGUACUGUUUAACAAGAAACUCCAGUUUGGUUGAAUUAUAGGUGACUUGUCUAAAACAAAUGCUCUUUUAUGUGCGUAGUGCAACAGAAAGUUUGGCCUGGAUAUUGUGUGUUGUGUAUUUAAUCACAGUGUACUAGGGUGUACAGUCUACUACUCGUCAUUGGCCUUUACAGUAAAAGAAAGAUGGAAAAUGACAAGAAAGUGCAGGUCUGACAUCCAAACAGAUUCAUGCCUCAGGGCUGGAGAACCAUCACAGCCAUCAGUGGUGUGCUACUACCAGACGAAGCAAAUGCAUUUCAACAGCAUCCUCAUCCAUGAUCCGCCACUGAGAUGUCCCUGACUUCUUAAUAACUUUGUAGAGGGCUAGUUCUGGUCACCAAGACAAUUACCUUUAUGUCAAGCCGUAAAAGAUAUGUCCACCCCAGGGACUGGCAGACAGCUUGCUCCAUAAUGCUGAACGUCUAGACUGAUUCUUUUCACAUUUUGUGGAUGUCAUAUUAUGACGCUGUCACUAGGCCAGUUUUCAGCGUGGGUGACUGACACAUUGUACAAUACGUUAUCAAUUUACAGACAAUAUAAGAGGCUUUUAAGAAACAUUAAAAAAUUAAGGCGACUAUCCAUAGGCGUAAUGUAUGGUGUAAGAUCACUUUCAAAAAGAUGUAUGCACAACUUUAAGCAUUCAUAUUCGUAUUUUUAAACAUUUGUGCGUAAAUUAACUUAGUCACGCAAAAUUACGUUUUCAUACACGUGAGUCAAUAAAAUUACAUUUGUGUUUUUAUGUGAGUGUGACUCUAGAAGCCAUGACUGUAAACAUUCACGAGUACAACUCUGAUUUCUACGACUACGAAUUCUUCACUAUGAACACAAAUUCAAGUUUGUGGGUACGAGUAAAGAACAGUUGAAAUGACGUCACUGCCGUCCCAGGGCAGGUAAUCGAACCUCGAUUCCAUCUAACGCGCAUGCGUCAAAGGUGAAAGAUGGCUAACAACAGACCUGAGGCUGCCAACCUAGGCUCAGCAUCACAGGGACCACUGGCUACUCAGUUACUGCAGCGUCUGGAAUCAAGGAUCACUGACACGUUAAGUCAACCAUACUUUAAUUUGGACUACUUCCAGUACGUUGUAAAUCAGGAAGCCUUUAUUCUGACAUCUGCAUCUAGCAUUUUAAACAUCCCAGCUGAAAUUGUGGAGUGUCUUUUAUCCCUUCAAAGAAUGAUCCACGCAGCUCUUUCCCAAGAGAGUCCUUGUGUUUUUAUUAGAGAAGGAGGACGCGGCCGACCAAAAUUUUGUUUUUCUGAGGAGCUGCUGUCCCGGCUCAUUGACAUGCCCUUACCAGUGUCUUGUAUCGCCAACCUGCUGGGUGUCAGCCAAAGUACAAUUUUCCGGCGUAUGCAUGAACUCAGGUUGUCCACAAGACUUACAUACAGCAGUUUAUCUGACAGUGAACUGGAUGAUGCUGUCAUCUCCAUAAAAACCAGGAUCCCAAACGCAGGAUACAGAAUGGUUAAAGGUUGUCUCCAAUCAAAUGGACAUAGAGUUCAGUGGAAUCGCAUCAAGGAGUCCAUGCACAGAGUUGACGCUCCAGGAAUUUUGGAAAGAAUGACACAGCUGGGUUGCAUCGUCAGGAGGACAUACUUCGUACAGCGGCCUUUGUCAUUAGUGCACGUGGACACUAACCAUAAGCUCAUAAGGUACAACAUCGUCAUAUUUGGAGCAAUAGAUGGUUACUCAAGAAAGGUGCAUCACUUUUUUUUUUUUUACUGCUUUUAUUAUAGUGCUUUAUUCUUCCUGUAUAUGUUUGUGUUCAUGUAUUCACUGUUGAUAGACUGCAUAUGGGUCCGUCCGUAUUAUUAUUAUUAUUAUUAUUAUUUUUUUUCAUUUUUGAAUCCAAAACGUAUAAUGACAAAACCAAAUUCAAAUAACUGUCUGAUUUUGGUUUUUGCAAAUUCAUUUUUUCGUUUCUCCAUUGAAUUAAGACAUUAAGAAAAACAAGACAGUUGGGUCAGAUGAAAAGUAAAAAUAUCAAAAUAAAGGACAACAGUAGUUGAUUACAUGCAGUUUAAUAUUGUGCAUUUAUCCAUGUGCACAGCAAAAGUCACGUUUAAUGAGCAAAUUUUUGGUGCAUUACAUUUGGUAAUAUACUUUAACCUAAGUCAUUAUUGUGUGUGCAGUAGGCAAUGUGAGUAUAUUUAA